CCAUAAAAGAGGAGAGAGAGAGAGCGCGCACUCACAGUCUCACACUCCCUCUUUUGAGUGUGAACUAUGAAAACCAGAGGGGUCUCAAAUGGCGAUUCCGAGAUGCCGUAGCUCAUCCGCCUAAGACCUCUGCAAUCCACAGACUCUUGGCCUCCCUGAAACCUCUUUACAGAGAAAAACCCUAAUCUUUUCUCCAUUCCGUCUCUUCUUCUCCUUUUCCUCCUUCAUUUUCCGUUUCUGCGUCAUCCAUGGCUACGUCCAGAGGACCGACUACCACUCCACCGCCGAUCAUUGGGAAGGCCGGACGGUACACCGUCUUCAUAACGCCGCCCAAGGUGCCGGACCAGACACCGGAGAAGGGGGGGUCACUGGAGAAGGCGGGGUCACCGGAGCCGACACCUGAGAAAGCGUCGCCGCCGGUGAGGCCACCGCCCCAGCAAUUCGGAAAGGCUGCCCCCGAGCCUUCUCCGGCUUCAUUGUUCGGGUUCUUCUGGAAUGCCGUGGCGAAGGUUCAGAGAGUUCAUUCAAGCGUGGAUGAGUAUCUGGCGGACUUGUUCGGGUUAAACCAGUCGAAGUAUCAGUGGGCUCUCAACGAGUAUUACGAGAGCAAAGGAUUGGACAAAAAUGGGUUAAAACCUAAAGAAAUCACAAGCAAGGGGCAAGGUGUCUGAAAGAUGAGGGGGAGCAGGUAAGAUCAUGGAAUGGUGCAGAACUUAGGAACGGUAGCCAAGUUUGGUUCGUGAAUUAUUUUUGAAAUUAUAUCUCCUUUGGGAAUGAUGUAAUUUAAAUUUCAUGUAAGACUGUAGAUGCUUCGUCAUCACAUUUUCUGCUCUUCUGCCGAUGCUGUUGCUCGGUACAUGUAAAAUGUCAGUUUUCCUUGCCGACCAACGACCUCUUUACAGCGUCUCAACUUCUCCUGGCAGUCUAUCGUGAAUCUUGAAGUUUUAAAAUAUCGAAUGGUAUAUAUGGGUAGUCUCACAGACUUUACGUCCUUGUAAAUCGUAACAGUCGUUACCGUCUUGGUUGCAAGUAUCUGUAUAUCUGUAUCUCGUUCUGUGGCUUUCAAGUUUGCUUGCCAAGGUACUCUUAAUACAAAUCGAUCACCGUCCCUCCACCUCUUUCUGCUU